GCAGUGUGUGUAUGUGUGUGUGUUGGGAGGUGACACGGCCCACAUCCCGCUGCGAACACGGAUCACACAGGCGAGCUGCUCGGGCAAAAUGGUGAAAAUCACCGUGGUCAAGACCAAGCCUUACACUGACCAAAAGCCUGGAACCAGCGGCCUGAGGAAGAGAGUGACCGUGUUCCAGCAGAAUCAGCAUUAUGCCGAGAACUUCAUCCAGAGCAUUAUUUCCACCACCGAGCCCUCUCAGAGGCAGGAGGGCAGCCUGGUGGUGGGAGGAGACGGCCGCUUCUUCAUGAAGGAUGCCAUUCAGCUCAUCGUCCAGAUUGCUGCGGCCAAUGGGAUUGGCCGACUGGUGAUUGGUCAGGAUGGCAUCAUGUCCACACCUGCAGUUUCCUGCGUGAUCCGCAAAUUAAAAGCCAUUGGCGGGAUCAUUUUGACAGCCAGCCACAACCCUGGUGGCCCCAAUGGAGACUUUGGCAUCAAGUAUAACAUCUCCAGUGGAGGGCCUGCGCCAGAGGGCAUCACUGAUAAAAUCUUCCAGAUCAGCAAAGGCCUCCAAGAGUAUCAUAUCUGCCCAGAGCUCAAAGUGGAUUUGUCCACCAUUGGCAAACAGACCUUUGAGGUGGACACUUUCAAGCCCUUCACAGUGGAGAUUGUGGACUCGGUGGCGUCCUAUGCAGAGAUGCUCAGAGACAUCUUUGACUUUGCUGCCCUGAAGAAGUUACUCUCCGGACCCAAUCACAUCAAUGUCCGGUUAGAUGCAAUGCACGGAGUGGUGGGCCCCUAUGUGAAGAAAAUUGUGUGUGAGGAGUUGGGUGCCCCUGCCAACUCUGCUGUAAACUGUGUCCCUUCUGAGGACUUUGGGGGUCACCACCCUGACCCUAACCUGACCUACGCUGCCGACCUGGUCAACACUAUGAAGGGAGGUGAAUAUGACUUUGGAGCAGCUUUCGAUGGUGAUGGUGACCGUAACAUGAUUUUGGGUAAGCAUGGAUUCUUCGUAAACCCCUCUGACUCUGUAGCAGUGAUUGGUGCUAACAUCACCUGCAUCCCAUACUUCCAGAAGACCGGUGUUAAAGGACUGGCUCGCAGUAUGCCCACCAGUGGUGCUCUAGACAAUGUUGCCAAAGCUCUGAAAAUGGAGCUGUAUGAAACACCUACAGGCUGGAAGUUCUUUGGGAACCUUAUGGAUGCUGGCAAACUGUCUCUGUGUGGAGAGGAAAGCUUUGGCACUGGCUCUGAUCAUAUCCGGGAGAAAGAUGGCCUUUGGGCUGUACUCGCCUGGCUAUCGAUUCUGGCCACUCGUAAACAGAGUGUGGAGGACAUCAUGAAAGACCAUUGGCAGAAGUUUGGCAGGAACUUCUUCACCAGGUACGACUAUGAGGAGGUGGAUUCAGACGCAGCUAAUAAGAUGAUCGCUGAUCUGCAAAACACCAUGUUCGAUAAAGGCUUUGUUGGACAGAAGUUCUCCUCAGGGGAUAAGACCUAUCAGGUGGAGAAAGCCGAUAACUUUGCAUAUACUGAUCCAGUGGACAGCAGUGUCUCAAAGGGACAGGGCCUGCGCAUCAUCUUCAGUGAUGGUUCUCGUAUCAUCUUCCGUCUCAGUGGGACAGGCAGUGCUGGUGCAACUAUCAGACUUUACAUAGACAGUUAUGAGAAGGACCCUCAAAAAAUUUAUCAGGAUCCACAGGUCAUGUUGGCUCCUUUGGUGGACAUCGCUCUGAAAAUCUCUCAGCUUCAGGAGAAGACUGGCCGCACUGGCCCUACUGUGAUCACAUAAUGAUUUUUCAGGCUUCAUUCACCACCUAGAUCUAGUUCAGACCUACUUUCACUCUGGCCAGCAUUGCCUUGCUACAGAUCCAUCACCAGGCCUAUAUGUCCCACCCCUUUGCCAUCAUCCCCUGUUUACCAUUUGUUCCAUAUGUCCCUAACAUAUUUCACAUUUUGAGUGUUUGUAGGUGCAAUAGAAAGUCUUUAUUUACUGUGAAUAGAUGGAUAAAGAUUGUAUUAAACCACAGUCUUAUAUUCUGGACUUACAUAUGCACUUAUAUUGGUGUGUAGAUGUGUACAGAAGGUACUCAUUAAAGCCACCUGUUAUACAGUU